UUUUCAAAGAUGCGCUGUAUACUCUUAUUAGUGCUCACGUUGAGCCUUGCAAGUACUGCUCCAACAAGAAAUAAUCUCAAAGACGAUUUGAGAAAGGCUAUUGAAGAACCAUAUUUACUUCUCCGCCGUCAAAAUGUAUGGGCCGGAAUACAAAUUUCCCAAAAAGUUAUUGACACUCAGCGUAUAAAGCAAGAAUAUAUUGCAUCGUGGCAAACAUUUCACGAUAAGUUGACUUAUGUUAAUGAAACUUGGGCUGAAAAUGGCCCAAAAUUAGGCUACGUCCUUAAUGAAGUGAUUGGCCUUCAGCCAACAACCAGAUCUAGAAUCGACAUGAACUAUUAUACAAAUGGUGCGUUCGACGUCAUCGAGUCUAAAAACUUGGAAUUAAAAACACCAAUUUUUGCUGAAUUUGAAACUAAAGCCAAAGAAAUUAUUCGCGUGUAUAGGGAAGCUGGAUAUACUAAUAAAGAUAUCGAUUUAUAUUUUAACAAUUUUGUUCAAAAUCCCAAUGAAAACUUUGAUGAGUUGUUGAGAUACCUUUAUGAUGAUUUAUAAUAAAAUAAAUUUUAAAAUAAUUUGAAUAUAGAGUUUUUAGAGUAAAUGCGCACAUAAAGUGGCAAGAAUAAAGUCGUAAUAGAAUCAAUCGUGAAAGUUAAGUUUAAUUGUGAAAUACAUCUUAUUUGCCAAAACGAUUUAAUUUAAUUGAUAUUAAAAUACAAAUUACAUAGUUUGAAUUCAAACUUGGGAAAUCAAAAUCAAAU